GUAACGCUCCCCACGCCAACAUUUAGGACAUUCGUUGCUUGUCGCGGUUGGUUAUCAUACGACCGAGAUAUGGUUGAUUAGGUCUCUCUCAUUGCCCAAGACGUAGCGCAUUGCAUACUUCAACCAUGGACACAGGGGCAGAGAAUCCGGCCCCUGUGAGAACGGGGUUGAGACCUCCCUCGAAGAUAAUAAUGCCGUCUUCACCAUCACGACAGGGCGGCCUCAAAGACAUGUCCGAUGCUGCCGUCAACGCUCGCGGCACCAUGGCCCCUCCGCUCGGCCCUGUCAAACACAAGCUAGCAGCACUCCCGGAACCACCGUCAAAACGCUCCACCAUGGCGGACCGGGCCACCGAACCUCUCAACUCGAAACUCCCAGCUCCUCCCAACUCCCGGCCCGUCGGCGCUGCCACAAAGAAGAUGGCGGCGAAUGGCACGCGCGGCUUUGCUUCCUCCGCUAACGGUGCUCCGCGUUCGAACUUGACAAGGCCGGCCUCUGCCUCCUCCUUCAGCGGCAGCGCCAGUGUUGGAUACAACAGCAAGGUGGCGAGUGGGAACCAUUUCGGACGGAACAAAGCAUUCGCUGGGCAUGGGCGGAGCAAGUCACAAUACUACAACCCGCGGUCAGCUUCAUCAAUGACAGAUCGUGACGAAGAUCCUAGGCCUGAACGGCAAGUGUUCGACACCGAGAGCCGGAUGGAAUCCAUGGAACGCGAAUUCGCCGCAUUCAAACAGAAGAUGGAGGGCGAAGCGUCCCAAGCUAGCGGUCUGAAAGAGACCAUCAAGAUUUUGCAAUCCAGAGUCAGUGAAUUGGAGGCCCUCCGAACACAACUCACAGCGCUGAAUGAGGAGCUCAAAAGUGACCUGAAAGAUGCCAAAAGCUAUAUGGCAUCGGCGAACAUGGAAUUAGAGAAGGCGAGACGCGACCAUACCUUUGAAGUUGAUGACCUCCGUCGGAAGUACCGAAGCGAAAUGGAGGACAUGCAAGAUCGCUACCGUAAGGAGGCGGAUCGAACGAAGAGGGACAAUGAGGAAGCCGCCGAGAAGGUGCGGAAGGACUUUGAGACGCAGAUCGACAAGCUCCUCAAGAUGCAUAGCGAAGAGCUCGCUGAAAUGGAGAAAAGAUUGAGGAAGGAAGUCGAAGAGGAGCGGAGCAGACGCAUGCGCGAGACUUUGGAGCUGCAGACGGAGUACAAGAUGAAGCUUCAAAACGCCGGACUCGAGGCAGACACCAAGGAGCGCGAGAUCCUAAACGUCAAAGGAGAGCUCACGAACGUGCAGGCGGAGCUUGAUCGAGAGAGGACCUUGAAAACAGGAUUGCAAGCGCAACUGACCGAAGCCACAACAUUGAACCUGACCCUGGAGGCAUCCAACAAGGCCAUGAAGGAGAAGAUCAACUUCCUUGAAUCCGAUAGCCAAGCACAGUCUCAGGCUUUCAACGAUCUCCACCGCCGCAUGCAGGAGGCUAUUGAGGCAGCAGAACUUGCGAACGAGAAGCUCCGUCAGGAAGAAACUCUGCGGCGCAAACUGCACAACCAGGUCCAAGAGCUCAAAGGGAACAUUCGUGUCAUGUGCCGUGUCCGACCCCCCAGCGAAGCAGAAAGCGAGCCAGCUAAGAUCACGUUCCCUGAUGCCGACACGGACAGCAAAGAGGUUGCAGUCCAGGGUCCAGAGACAAAGAGUGCGCUUGGUAAUGUCACUACGUCAACGUACUCUUAUUCCUUCGAUCGUGUAUUCGGACCCAAGUCGCAGAAUGCCGAAGUAUUUGAAGAGAUCAGUCAACUGGUGCAGUCUGCCCUGGAUGGCUACAACGUGUGUAUUUUCUGCUAUGGCCAAACUGGGUCAGGCAAGACAUAUACCAUGUCUUCAGACGACGGCAUGAUCCCGCGUGCAACGGCGCAGAUCUACGCCGAAGCAACGCGGUUGGAAGAGAAGGGCUGGAAAUACAAGAUGGAAGGCAACUUUGUCGAAGUCUACAACGAGACGUACAACGACUUGUUGGGGCGAUCAGAGGACCUCGACAAGAAGAAGCUUGAAGUCAGGCACGACAUGGCCAAGAAGCAGACUACGCUGGAGAAUGCAGUUUCUGUUGAAUUGGACAGCCCGAACCGCGUUGAGGAGAUACUUAAGACGGCCAGUAAGAACCGGAGUGUGGCGGCCACGAAGGCGAAUAUGCGGUCGUCUCGCUCGCAUUCGGUCUUCAUCCUCAGACUCGUCGGCGUCAACCACAUCACCGGCGAGCGAAGCGAGGGCACGCUCAACCUUGUCGAUUUGGCGGGGAGUGAGCGGCUGGACCACUCCAAGGCAGAGGGUGCGCGAUUGAAGGAGACGCAGAAUAUCAACAAGAGUCUGAGUUGCUUGGGAGACGUGAUCAACGCGCUGGGUUCGGCGAAGGAGAGCGCGCACAUUCCGUACAGGAAUUCCAAGUUGACGUACCUGCUCCAGUACUCGCUCGGCGGAAACUCCAAAACGCUCAUGUUCGUCAUGGUGAGUCCGCUGCAGGCUCAUCUGCAGGAGACCAUUACCAGUCUCAAGUUUGCGACGAAGGUGCACAAUACGCACAUUGGGACGGCAAAGAAGCAGACUCGAGCUUAGGGAAUGUUCCUGGCCGUAACAGCGUAUGCGGAGAGGUUUUCGAGGAAUCUCGAUGGCGAGCUUGCACGCCUGGGUCGAGCCGAGAUAGACGAUUUGGGUACCAUGGACUCAUCCUGGAAAGGAUGGAUGGAGUCAACACGAGUGAGGUUUUGAUGGGUUCUGUGCAAUAGUUCUGCAGCGACAUGUGUCUUUUCUAUGCAGUUUCAUGGUCGACUUGUCCAAUGGAGUUUAUUGGGGGAGUAGUGUGGCAUAUUGUACAUAGCCCAUGGCUAACUACCCGCUGGAUCAAUCAUCUAUUUGUAAGCGAUGGUUAAAGUCAGAGUCAUGCCUUGGUUCACUUGGGUCAUUGUUUUCAACGACACCCUCUAUUCAUUUCUUUCAUCUUGGCUCGUUUGCCCACUCUAUACUCCCCGAUCUGCUGCUACCG